AUGUACAUUUUCGUGAUCCACUCGCGGGGAAGGGCACCCGCCAUGCCAAAUAUAUUUUCCCAAGCAUGGACAAGCCAAUUCACCGCGGCGCAACUACAGUCGCUGAACAUGGUGAGCUACGUCGAUGGGCCAGAGCAUUCACCUCCCGUCGCCGGGCGAAUAAUAGGCGGUCGCUACCUUCGCCUGCGAAAGAUCGGGACCGGGUCGCAAGGCGACGUAUGGGAGUGUGAGGACAUCCGCACGUCGCACCGCGUCGCAUGCAAGUCCUUCUCCCCGUCCACGCGACGAACCAAAUCUUCCGUGGCCGUACUCGAUAUAGACGAGGAGAUGCGCGCGCUACAAACCCUCGGCGGGCACCCGAACGUCGUACGCCUUAUAGACUUCUUCGUCGAUGCGACAGAAGUCCAUAUCAUAAUGGAACUUGUACAGGGCGGGGAUUUGUGCACAGAAAUCUGCGAGAACGGGCCACUGCCGGAGCCGCUGGCUGCUACAGUGCUGCGGCAGCUCGCAUCCGCUGUUGCUUUCUGCCACGCUAACGGCGUCGUGCAUCGCGAUAUCAAGCCGGAGAACGUGCUGCUGGUGCGGCCUGUGCAGGAGGAACCAGAGGAUAUGCGCUUGAUCGAAGCUAUGGCGAUCGUGUCACAAAUAGCUGCUGUCACUUCGAACGUCACAGGAAGCCUAAAUCGGUUCUCGGUGCAACCGCUGGGGCCCGCAAAGUUACGCACAGGGCAGAAGGCUUCUCAUUUGGCAAUUCCGCUCCGCAGGCGUCAAUUUCAAGUCACAGCGUCCCAGGACCAGCAGCGGCAAGCACAACCAUCUGGCGAUGAACGUAGCAAGGAAGUGCUUGACGCCUUUUUUCUCGGCAAGGCCGUAGCAGAGGUGGUAUCAGAGCGGGUGGGGUCGGCUGUGGGGGAGAUUCUGAGUGAAGUGGGGAGGCGACAGGCCGAGCAGCAGCAGCAACUGAAGCAGUUCCAGGAGGAGGUGAAGGAGAGGGCAAGGGAGGCAUUGGAACGGGCAGCCAAGGAUGCCAAACGAUAA